AUAAUUGUGUUGUUGGUGAUGUUGAAGAUGGGAGAAGAGGCAUACCAGGAGAUGGGAGGAUGGUCGCUUGGAGACCAAGAGGAAGACUAUUACCAGGUCAUAGGCGAUAAGGAACUAGGCACAGUGCUCAAUGUUGAUCCUAAGGCCAAGCACGGAGAGAUACGGAAUGCGUACAGGAAGUUGGCAAUGAAGUGGCAUCCUGAUAGAAAUCCUAACUGUGAAAGCUGCCUUGCACGCUUCCAGUCUGUGGCGAAGGCGUAUGAGACUUUGGGAGAUCAGAACAAGAGGAAGGUUUAUGAUACUAAUAGAGGUGACCUCAGAUGGACGGAUUAG